AAUCAGAAUUUUUUUAGUAUUAUUCGAAAAGAUGGCUGCGUUGCCGUCUCCUACACAGGUAGCAGGAAAUAAUAGUGCCAUAUAUGAAGCUUAUUAUAAUGUGGUUGAUCCAAAAGGCUAUGGAACCGUUGGUGGUAUGGAAGCUGCUCGUUUCCUCAAGAAGUCUGGAUUAAGUGAUGUUAUUCUUUCUAAAAUAUGGGACAUGUCAGAUCCUGGCGGGAGAGGUUGCUUGGAUAAAACAGGAAUAUUCAUUGCUUUGAAAUUAGUUGCUUUGGUUCAAAAUGGACAUGAUUUGAAUAUAUCCAAUAUUAAUAUGGAUAUUCCACCUCCUAAAAUGGGAGAUGUUCCCUUACCUAAACCUUCUAAACCUCCACCUCCAAGAAGCUCUUUAAUCACAUCCAACAUACAAACAUCUGUAGACUGGACUAUAAAACCUUCAGAAAGAGAUAAAUAUGAUAAGCUAUUCGAUUCAUUGCAACCCGCAAACGGACUAAUCCCUGGAAAUAAGGUCAAAAAUCUCUUAAUGGAGUCAAAACUACCAUUUUUAACUUUAGGAAAAAUUUGGGAUCUAGCUGAUCAAGAUAAAGAUGGUAUGCUAAAUAGGCAUGAAUUUGUAGUGGCCAUGCAUUUAGUUUACAAAGCUCUUGAUAGGUAUGCUAUUCCUACCACUUUACCUCCCGAACUAUUGGAACAAGUAUCUGCAAAAACAAGCACUUUGGCUAAAAAUAAAGAAGCUGUUAAAACUGAUCUUCCGCCUUUGACAAUACCAACAUCAAUAUCUCCCAUACCAACCAAAACAGUUUCUCAUAUGGCACCUAUACCACCACUUCUGAAUUGGGUAGUAUCCAAUGAAGAAAAAGAGAAAUCAGAUGCUCUUUUUAUGAAAAGUGAUAUUGACAAGGACGGUUUUGUGAAUGGACAUGAAAUUAAAGAUAUAUUUUUGCAGUCUGGAGUACCACAACCAAUUUUAGCUCAUAUCUGGGCCCUUUGUGAUAUUAAACAAAUUGGUAAACUAAACGAUGAACAAUUUGCAUUGGCUAUGUGGCUGAUUGCUAGAUGCUUAAAAGGCAUUGAACCUCCUGUCACUUUAACAGCUGAAAUGGUACCUCCCAGUUUUCGUAAUAGCAAACCAAUAGAUGGCCUUGUGGAAAAUAAUAAUACUAGGUACUCAAAUCCAGAAUUAGACAUGAUUACCAAAGAUAUAGAAGAACUAUCUAGAGAAAAAUUACUAUUAGAGACAGAUAUUACACAGAAAGAGGCUGACCUAAAAAUUAAGAGUGGAGAAAUAAAGAGUCUUCAAAGUGAAUUAGAUACUUUGGCGGCUACUUUGAAACAAUUAGAAAAUCAGAAAGGAGAAGCACAAAAACGACUUAACGAUUUGAAAGCACAGAAAUCACAGGUGGAUGGGGAAAUAGAAAGCGUUAAUAAAGAGUUUGAAGAUCAGUCAGCAAAGGUUGACAAGUUAAGAGUUCAAGCUGCAGAACAAGCAGAAAUGGUGAAAACUCAGGAAACUGAAUUGAAUAGUAAAAAAGAACAAUUAGAAGGACUUCGUGCAGAAGAAGAACGUUUAGAAAAACAAAAGGCAGAAAGUAUAAAUAAAUUGAAAACUCUUUCUCUGAGUUUACAAGAUACACAAUUGAGUAUCAGUCAGGCAAAAGCUUUGAUAACACAACUACAAGAACAAACACGACAAAUGAAUGAUGCUAUUUCAGCAUGUGAUUCCACAAUUGAGACAAAUGAUAUUUCCCAAAUACCCGACGGUCUACUUAAAAUCAAACCUGAAUUUAGGAAUUCUGAAUAUAAGAAGAUUUUGGAUGAAGAAACAAAGACUCAGAAUGGAUUUGAUAUUGACCCAUUCAGUAACCAAAAUGGUCAUUCUUCUGUUGGAUUUGAUGUAGAUCCUUUUCAAAACGAUCCUUUCAAGAAGCAGGAUGCUUUUUCCAACGAUCAGUUCUCUGUUAAAUUUUCGGAAACGAACAAUACGUUCUCCUCGGAUCCUUUUGGAGGUUCAUUUUCGACAAAUAGUGGACAAGAUGAUCCCUUUAAUGCAUUUGAUAAUCCUCAAAAUAAAUCUGCAACCACAGAGGCUGAUAAAGAUCCAUUUGGUUGUGAUCCUUUUGCAAUAUUGCAUGCACCAACAAGAGAUGGUUCGGCUCCACCCCGACCCAGCAGUCCUAGUCCCGCUUUACCUCCUAAGAAGAGUAAAAACCCUCCGCCGCGACCUGCUCCGCCUAGGCCACAACCACCAAACUUGAAAAAAUCUCAACAAGCUGACGCCUUUGGUAGUGAUCCUUUCGGAAACAGAGGUGGAUUUGCUGAUUUUUCGGAUUUUGAUGCUAAGCCUUAAUAAUCUUCAUGUAUCCUCUUCAGUUUAAUGAUAAGCCGAUUGCAAAGGUCCAAGCACAGUCUUCUAGUGUUCUCGAUUUUACCGAUGACCCAUUUCAAAAUUAUCGGUACGAGGAUCCAUGUAACAUUACAUUCGAUGACGAGCAGCCAGCCCCUGUUAAGAAGAUCGAAGAGAAAGAAAAAUUCGACCCUUUUGGCCUGGAUGGUCGUCAAUCAGUACCUUUACCUAGUAGCGAUCCAUUUGUUGAUUCUAGUGGUAGAGCUUCUGCGCCCACCAUUACUGAAACGUUUAGUGAGGACCAACAGUUAGCGUGGGCUGCUAGAGAAAGUAUUAAAUUAGAAGAAGAUAGACGAAAAAGGCAAUUGCAGGAGCAGGCUGAUCUAGAAUUAGCCAUAAGUUUAAGUAAAGCCGAGAGCAAACAGGUAUAGCUUUGACCUGAUUAAUAAUAUUAUCAAUCACACAAACAAAAGCUUGACGUAGAUGUAAUUUUUUAUUUUGUGUUUUGUUUGCACUGCAGGAUAAUGUAAUCGUCGAUAUUUUGAAAGAGCUUAUAACAAGUAAUACCAAUCAAUACUGAAUAAACUUAACUUCAGUUCAGAAAUAAGACUGCACCAAAAACUUGUCAAUUCUUUUGAGAAGAUGAUUUAUAACAAAAUUACCCAUAAUUAAGAUGAAGAUCGUUAAUAAAGAACUGUCAAUUAUCAGAUACAUAUAUUAUUGCAAAUUACAAAUUUAUAUUAUUUUUAUCUUGAACCCUUAACUUAAUUUUUCAUUUUACUCACGACGACAACGAAAAUUAAAUUUCAUACAAUAAUGAAAUAUCUUUACUAUUUUUAUAUUGUUGGUAGGACUUGUCUUUGGCAGCUCAAGUUUUUUAUUCAUAAGAUAUAUCACAAUGAAAUUUUGCAGAAAAACAUACCUGAUUCAAAUGAUUCUAAAUCCAUCUAAAAUCAAAACUCAUUUUGACUGAAAGAAUAAUAUUGUAAUAAUUAACAACAAUUGAAAGUAUACAUUAGUUGUUCACUAAUGAACCAUUGAGCUGCAAAAACUUCACAUCCUAGAUGUAACAAAAUAAUGUAGAUAUCCAUUUGUCUACCUUUCAAAAAUUAAAUUUAUUCUACCAUUGGUUCGCCUGAAAGAUCUAUACAUAUGAAUUAUUGAAGGAAUGCCAAAGCAAUGAAAUGGCUUUGUAUAUUCGUUCAUAGUUUAAUAAUACUGAACCAAUUUAAAGUUUGGCAUUCUUAAGUAGUUUUGAAGAUUUGGUUAGGAAAGUAACUAGAUUAUUAGUAUAUAAUAAGAAACGAGGAGCUCUCCCAUGGGAAACCCCCAGAAAUAUAUAGUAUUGUCCCUGUGAUGGUGAUGUUCUAAGGAUGAUUUAUUCUUUUUUAUAUAAUACCGGGUUAUCCACUUUUUUAUUAAAAUAUCCUGUAGUGUGAAACAGUAGUGUGUAAUUGAUUUCAUCAAAAGUUUUAUCUACAUAUCAGUUUAUUUUAUUUUUAUGAAAGUUACCUGUUAAUACUUUACUUUAAGCAAUACUCCAUGAAUAAAACAAUUUUUUAGUUUUCCUUAUUUGUUUAGGAAGAAAUCUGUAAAAUGUGUCAUAAGUCCUAAGCCAGAAAUUGUCCUUUCUAGGGAACAAAAAAAAUUGAUUUACUUGCACAAUACUUUUUUAUAAUAAUUUUUGAAUGAGAUUCCAUUUAACUGAUUUGUACUAAAUUUCAAUACAUUCUUGUUCCCUUCAAAGUAUAAGUUUCAUACUUUCAAUCAUCAGAUUCCUUGGUUCAAAUAUUUUGUCAUUUCAUGUAGUCGAUAUCCUAAAUUCAGGUGUUCAACGAGAAUUCUAAAAAUCUAAGAUUCCUUUAAAAACACUGAACGAUUCUCAAAUUUUUCUGGAAUUCCAUGCAUUUUUUUUUAAAUUUCUAUCCAUUUUGUACUUUCUCUCAACAUAUUCUAUCACUUAUCAAAUAUUGCAUAUUGCAGUCUCCGAGUGUGCAUGAAAAUUUUUACUACUGUAGUUACCAUCGUAAUACAUGCAGUCACUGAAAAAUUGUAUUGUACUAUUUAAGGUCCUGGGAUACCAGAUGAAACUGUCAAAUAUUGUUCCAGCAUUUAUUUAAUUUCUGCUUAAACUGUAUCAAUGCAAAAUAUUUAGUAAUCAGUUUAGAGAAUAGGAAUCUAUUUAAUUUAUUGUAUUUAUUUUUCUUUUCUAUUCAAAGAUAUAUAGAUUUUUCAUGAUUAUGAUAUAUUUAAGGGAUGUGUUCAAUCAGAACUUUAUUGUAUUUAGUUUUAUCUUCUAUUUGAAUAUAAAAUAUUUAUGUUUUAUACUGCUAACUUAUGUCUAAAAGACAUAUUCAAUCGAAACAUUUUGAAAGCUGUUUUCAAUUAAUAUUUUUACAAAUUAGUGUUGGCGAUACACUGCUUAAUAAGUUUCUGCUAAUCUAAAUUUACUCAAAAUAUUAAGUUUAAGCAAUUAUUUUGGUGGAUACAUCAAUCAAACAGUUUCUUAAUUUACAAUUUCUUUUGUUUUGUCAAUCUUCUGUUCCUUCUAAUAUUUAAUGAAGAGGAAAUUUGGCAAUGAACAGUUAGUGUCACAGUAUGCUAUACUUAUUAUUGCACCUCAGAUAUUAAGAUGGUUCCUUCAAAUCAAAGGAUAGGUCGAAGUUUUGGUUUGAAGGUUACUACUCACUAAAGAAAUUUAAUUCUGUUAACACUUUCUCAAACAGACAUAAGACUUUCGUACACAGUGAAUUAUUGAAUCGUAAGGUAUUAUUUCUAAUUUUAAUCAGUUAAUAGUAUUUAGAUUUUUCAAUUUUGUUAUGUUUUGAUUGAACAUUAUCUUAUUUGUGCUUUAUGUUUUCGCUACAAUCGAAAAGUGAUUUAUUAAAUAAAAUCACCUAUGCAAAUAAUCAUAGUCAUUAUUUGGUAGAUAUUUAAAUAGACAAAUGUUGAUUAGUACCUUGUUCAUUUCUUGUAACAUAUUAGUUAUGUAAAUAUUUUGUAAACUUGAAUAUAUCUGUUAUGUUUUGUCUUAUACUCAUUUGUUACUUCAAAGCAAAAUCUUCCAAUUUAUAAUGUACCUACUUGUUGUUAAAUAAAGUUACAUAUAAACAUGAAA